GGGACGAACUGCCAGAUGGAACCUACUGCGCUUGUGUGAACGCAUAGCAUAUAUGUGAACCCGAUACUGGGGGAACACAUAGUUGUGUUCCGAUGUCGAAGCAGUGAGCUUACCAGCGUAGAACUUACUAUAGAGAUUCUCGGUUCUCAGCAUAGUGCAAUUGUUACCCAGCGAAUACUAGUGCAUUGGAUCUACUUGUGCUAUUAUCAAGUCCUAUAUACAUUCGUGUAUUAGGAAGACUGUACUGAGAGAGCGAUGGCGAUGAUGCCCCAGGGGAUGGCUGUAGCGCCCUACACAGCGGGCCCUCCUCCUGCGCCCAUGGAUGUAGAACACGGCUACCAACACAUGCCGCCGCUGCACCCUCAACCCCACCCACAGUCUCACCCACAACCCCUUCACCAGUCACAGCCGCAGUACCCGCCAGUCAUGCAGGCUCAGGCACCUGCCCCGGUAGAAGAGGAGCAGAACAUUGAUCAGCUAAUGGUCGGGUCGGAGCCGCCGUACGAAUGUAAAAUCUGCGGCAAGGGCUUCGCAAUUCCAGCCCGCCUACAGCGUCACCAUCGAGUCCACACGGGAGAAAAACCCUUCAAGUGCGAAUUCUGCGACAAGACGUUUAGUGUCAAAGAAAACCUGAACGUGCACCGCCGUAUCCACACCAAGGAGCGUCCUUACAAAUGUAACAUCUGUGAUCGCGCCUUCGAGCACUCUGGCAAACUCCACCGCCACAUGAGGACCCAUACAGGGGAAAGGCCACACAAGUGUGAGGUUUGCGGGAAGACAUUCGUGCAGUCAGGUCAGCUCGUGAUCCACAUGAGAGCUCACACUGGAGAGAAACCAUACACCUGUGAAUACUGUCAGAAAGGUUUCACCUGCUCCAAGCAGUUGAAGGUCCACAUCCGUACCCAUACAGGAGAAAAGCCCUAUGAAUGCGACGUAUGCGGAAAAACCUUCGGCUACAACCAUGUACUCAAGAUGCACAAGAUGUCUCAUCUCGGUGAAAAGCUUUACAAAUGUACUCUGUGCGAAGAAUUCUUCUCAUCGCGUAAGUCUCUGGACCGCCACAUCCGCGACCACAGCCAAGAGCCCUGCUCAAGCCGUAAGCAGCAGCCCGCCAAGCAGGCCGAGCCUCGGCAGCAGUGGCAGGCAUCCUCUCCACCAGUGGCUGCUACAGAUUCCAGCUCCCAUUCCUCCCCCACCAACUCCUCCCCCACCAACUCCUCCUCUCCAGCUUCAGUAUCUUGGGAUAGUGAGUCUGCGGAGCAACAGCUGCCGUUUCGUGAGUUUCGAAGAUCCUCGGAAGGGCCAGCUGCCAGCGGACCAGAAGUUUACACCUGUCCAGGAUACGACAACUUCGGCUCUCGAUCUCCUGGGUACGUCAGCGAUGACAGCGGUCGAGGAGCUAGUCCCGUCAGCGACACUCUCUCCCCACCUAGAUCUCCAGUCACUUCUGGACCUCCUCUAAAUACCCAGCUGCCACAACCUCCUCACAUCAUUGAUGCCCCACCCAUGGCGCCACGAACUCCCGAGGAUUACAACAUGUUCCUGCGGCGUCUCUACCCUUCCCUCGUCGUACCUAAGCCGGAGCCCUCGCGCUACGACAAUCAGCGUAUGGCAGUCUUCACCACAGAAACAGGAGAGAGAGUUUCAUGCCCCUACGAUCUCCUGCUUGCACUGCAAGGAAACAAGAGUAUGUAUCUGGAACAAAGAAUGGCUGAGCAGGAAGCUCUUCGUCGGCAGCAGCAGCAGCUCGAGGAACAUUACAUGCGAGAGGAGACACGCCGCAGGCGGGAAGCUGCCUUCUUUGAAACCGUAGAGCGCGUCCUGGAGGCCCUUGUAGGCAAGGAAAGGUUAGAGCGGCUAGGGCACCCUCACAUACCCGUCGACGAAGUCCUCAUGAAGACCAUAACUCUCAUGGGGUCCCAGCCGUGCAAGGAGCCCUCCCUGUACGCCAUGGACCGCAUCAAGGUGAACUUGCGGCUCCUGCUGGAGUGCAGCGUCCCCGACCAGACCAUGUGGGCCAAAUUCGGGUGGCGAGGGAAGCCCAUCGAGGAGAUCGUGGCCGAGUUCCUUCACUAUUGCUAACAAGGGCGUCCAAGGAGCGCCGCCCUUACCGUCCGCUUGAUUCUUAGCAGCUGGUCUCGUGCUCACUUCCUAUUCUCAUCUUGCUCAGUAUUUUUAUGUUACCUUAUAGUGUUAAGCUAUCACUCUAGUCGUCGGUGGAUCGCUGUCCACUUUUUUAUGUUGAAGCAUUCCAUUUGUAUAGUCUGUUUAUAUUUAAUGCACAAUGAAUAGUUCAAAUUAAUUAUGUUGAAAAAUGUAAAGAUGAAUAUACAUAUAUUUUGAAUGUACUGUUUAAUAAAUGAAAUGAAUGGA